CUUCUCAGGUACUGCUUCAGUUCUGCCUCGCAUGCCUCACCGUCAACGCAUUCUAAAAAUGAAUGCUCAGGUUAGAGAUGUCAACGUAACAUGUUACAGUCAUACUACCAAUUUGUAAAACGAGGAUUCCGCGUUUCUUUUCCGUAUCUGACAUUGUAGUGCGAAGACUCCCUACCUGACAGGCUAAAUCCAGGGUGUUCACCAACACAAUGACGUCCUGUAUCGGUGGCGGAAGAUGGCUGACAGCGGAGCCUUAGCAGCGAGAAGAUUCGACUCUGGCUCCUUGUCCUCGGUCAGUAUGGAGACCAUUUCAGCGCUGACGGAGCUGGAGGACCUGGAGAGAGUUUACCGGCAGCUCUGCACGGAGGAGAAAGAAGUGGAGUCUGAGCUGGACAGACUGGUGGGGCAGGAGGGGACUAUUCACACAAAGAUGCUGGCCCUGCAGAGGAUGGGGCCCAACCUACAGCUGAUUGAAGGAGACGCCAGUCAGCUGUCAGGAAUGAUCACAUUUACCUGCAGCCUGGCUGAAAACGUCAGCAGCAAAGUCAGACAGCUAGACCUGGCAAAGACACGGCUGUAUAACGUCAUCCAGCGUGCCGACGAUAUCUUGGAUCUGAAGUUCUGCACAGACGGAGUGCAGACAGCACUGCGUAACGAAGAUUUUGAGCAGGCUGCUGCUCACAUCCACAGAUACCUCUCUCUGGACCAGUCUGUUAUUGAGCUGAGUCGACAGGGAGACGAAAGCAGUGCUGUGGAUGCCAGUCUCGUAAUGCUGCAGGAGGCCGAGCAGAAACUGAAGGUCAUAGUUGCUGAGAAGCUGGAUGAAGCUGUUGCAGCUGUCGACCUCGCACAAGUGGAAAGGUUUUUCAAGAUCUUCCCUCUGCUCGGCCUCCACCAGCAGGGCCUCGCCCGCUUUGGCCAAUAUCUCUGCAGUCAGCUUGCCUCUAAAGCUGAAGAGAACCUGCUCUUGGCCACAGGAGGAGACCUGGGGGAGAAGAGAGCACCGCUGGUGUUUGCAGACACUCUGACGCUGCUACUGGAGGGUAUUGCCCGUGUCGUUGAGACUCAUCAGCCCAUAGUGGAGACGUAUUACGGUCCAGGCCAUCUGUACACACUCAUCACUCACCUGCAGCAGGAAUGUGACCGACAGGCUCAGAAAAUAGUCGACAAGUUUAUCCAGCAGAGAGGAUACCACAACAAGUUUCAGGUCAUCCAAAACAGCAUGAUGAAGAGCGUGCCGGGAGAGACGCUCGAGCCCAGGGAGCUGGACCCUGUGCUGGCUGAAGUAACUCUGAUGAAUGCAAGGGCGGAGCUCUACCUGCGCUUUUUACGCCGCCGCCUGCUGGCCGACUUUGAAGUUGGGGAUGCUCAGAGCGCCACACAGGAACAUCAGCAGGACAUUGAGAAGCUGCUGAAACACUGCAUGCUGAGCCGGACAAUGCAGGAGCUGAUUGGCUACUAUAUUCCAAUGGAAGAGUACUACAUGAGGGAGACUGUCAACAAGGCUGUGACUAUGGAUUCGUAUGAAAAGGGCCAGCUGACCUCAAGCAUGGUGGACGACUGUUUCUACAUCGUGAAGAAGUGCAUCAGUCGAGCUUUAUCCAGCUCCAGCAUCGACUGCCUCUGUGCCAUGAUCAACCACGCUAACUCCGCGCUGGAGUCGGACUUCAGGGAGGUGUUAUAUAAUAAGCUGCGGCAGGGCUUCCCGGCUACUACGCUUCAGGACAUCCAGCGUGGCGUAAGCAGUGCGGUCAGUCUGAUGCAGAGCAGCUUACAGCAGGGGAAGUUCAACACCAUGGGCAUCGAGAGUGCCGAAAACGCAAAGGCUGCAUUUCUGGUGACUCUGAAUAACGUAGAGGUCUGUAGUGAGAAUAUCACCACUUUAAAAAGAAACCUUGAGAACGACUGCUCCAAGUUGUUCACUCAGGUGCCCGGCUCUGGGGAACAAGCUAAGAUUGAAAGCUGUUUGUCCGACCUCGUCAACACAUCUGCCAAAUUCAAGGAUCUCUUACAGGAGGGCCUGACUGAGUUAAACACAACGGCCAUAAAGUCUCAGGUGAAACCGUGGAUCAGCAGCUUCCUGUCCAUCUCUCACAACAUCGAGGAGGAGGAGUUUAAUGAUUAUGAAGCUAAUGAUCCCUGGGUGCAGCAGCUCAUCGUUAACCUGGAGCAGCUCAUGGCAGAGUUCAAGACGGCCUUGUCUCCCGUCAUCUACGACACUCUGACCAGCCUGAUGACCAGCUUGAUAUCUAUAGAAAUGGAGAAGACCGUCCUCAAAUGCUCAUUCAGCAGGCUCGGAGGGCUGCAGUUCGACAAAGAGCUUCGGUCUCUCGUGGCGUACCUCACCACCGUCACCACCUGGACCAUCAGGGAUAAGUUUGCUCGCCUCACACAAAUGGCCACCAUCCUAAACCUGGAGCGGGUAACUGAGAUCCUGGAUUACUGGGGGCCAAACUCGGGCCCCUUGACGUGGCGGCUAACCCCGGCCGAGGUGCGCCAGGUUCUCGCGCUGCGUAUCGACUUCAGAAGUGAAGACAUCAAGAGGCUGCGGCUGUAACUCAUUAACCACUCCGCUGGUUAGCAGUGAUCGCCGUGCAACAGCAACCUUGUGUUGGCUUUAAUCCAUGUUUCUGUGAAUGGAUGUUGGCAAAACGUUUUUUUUUUUUGUCUAAAACUAAAAUGCCCUACCCUGGAGAUUUCACUGGGGUUUUCAGACUCUAACUUCACUUACAUUUUUGUGUGAGUUACUCCACUUUCCUUCAUAUGCAUAUUCUUAAAGAUUGUUCAUAAUCGUUUAAUUAUUAAAAACAUGGAAAUUCCUUUUUUUUUUUCGAGUAUCUUAUAAAUAAAUUAACCCAAAUGUUCCUCUUUAAAAACCUUUACAUAUGUCCAAAAGAAAUCAGAAAUGUGGAACUGGUGUCAUUGAAUGUAAAGAUUUCUGUUUUUGGGAAAUGUUUCAAAUGUAAAAAAAAGAAUUGUCCCAAAUGUAAAUGACCAACUGGGGAAGAUUCAUUGUGAUAUUUAUUAAUUAACAUGUUUUACCCUGUUCACCUGUAGUAUCCUCUUUACAUGGCAGAAGUGUUUGACUAUUUAACAUGAAAGUUCUGUAUUAUAUGUGAGUCUUCUCUUCAAAGUGUAAUUAAAAGGUGUGAAUGUGUCACACGGGGACUUCCAUCCUCUCAACCUGUAGCCGGCUGAGAAUACAGGAGCUCUGGGACCGAGGCUCCGCGGCUGUCUGCGAAACAGAGCAGUAAUGAACGUCAGGCCCAUUAAACUGACAGAAGCAGGUCACAACGCUGAUCCACUCGUUCAAUAUAUGAAUAGCUCCUCGGCCGUGAUGAUGGAACACUUUUAACCUAAUAAAUCGAGAACCGCUCUGCGUCGUCUCUGAUCCCCGGCAUCAGCCACAUUUCACGGAGCGCUGCCCUGUGGCCAUGGAAGUCCUGUUCCCAAUCCUUUAUACAUAUUACUGACACUCAACACAAAGCUGUGUUCACUGGGCAGUGAAGCAUUAAAAGUGGAAUGUUCUCAUAAUGUUCAGCCUAAUUUCACGGUCUAACCUUGUUUCCUUGCUCAGAUUAAAUCAGAUCAGUGUGUGUUUUAA